CGAGGGACUUGCAACCUGCGCGCAGCCUGAGCGCCUUGUCGCCUCUCCGCGCUGCGCCCGGAGGCAAAGCAUCCCUCCUCGCGCCCUCUCGCGAAGGCAGAACGAGCCGGCGGCCGGGGCAAAGGUGGUGCGCCGCUUCCUGCCCCGGGGCGGCUGAGGAAGGCUGUCCGCAGACGAGAUGCCGCAGCGAGCCGGGCGCCGGGCGCCCAGGGGGAAGGCGAGCGCCCGGCCGGACCCCCAGCGGGACUCGCCUCCCGCCCCGCCACGGCGCCCCGGAGCCCCGCUGCUGCUGUUCCCCCCGGGCGGUGGCCGCACGAGUCUCGCUCAGCAGGACCCCCGAGCCAUCCGCCAGAUCAGCUGCAAGCACGGCUGCGUGGCCGUGGCGAAGGCCGGCGGGAGCGUGGAGGUGGUGUGCAGCGCGGAGGACGGAGCGCCCCGGAGCCCUGCCAGGCGCCCCCGCCACAUCAAACUGGAAAAGAAUACCAAAGUGGUUUUACUGGACUGUGAAGCAACUCAUCUGCUCAUCCUCUCAUCAGAAGGGAAACUUUCCGAGCACAGUAUUGAAGCUGGAGAAGUUAAAUCAAAGCCGAGGCUACUGAAAGAAUUAGGAGGCAGACAGAUUAUUCAGAUUGCAUGUGGUGACAACCAUUCCUUGGCACUUUCAAACGGAGGAGAGCUCUUUGCCUGGGGUCAGAAUGAGCAUGGCCAGCUUGGACUGGACACACAGGCAAGGAACCCAUCGAACCCAGGCAGUAAGGAACCUCGGCUGGUGCAGACACUUGAAGGCAUUCCUUUGGCCAAGAUUGCGGCUGGAUCCGCUCACAGCCUGGCCCUCUCUGUGUUUGGGACUGUCUUUUCCUGGGGAAAGAACGCUUUUGGGCAGCUGGGCCUCGGAGACACAGAGGAUAGAUGUUUCCCUACCUGUGUGAAGGCUUUAGAGCAUAUGAAUGCAACAUUCGUUGCAUGUGGUGGAGAACAUACAGCAGUUCUCUCAAAGGAUGGACUCGUCUGCACCUUUGGGGCCGGCAGCCAUGGACAGCUGGGCCACAACUCCACACGCAACGAGCUCUUUCCACGUCUGGUGGCGGAGCUGUUUGGGGCUCGAGUGACUCAGGUUGCCUGUGGAAGAUGGCACACCUUGGUCUACAUCCCGGACCUGGGGGACGUCUAUUCAUUUGGAUCUGGAGCAGAGGGGCAGUUGGGAGAGGGAGACAGAUGUGACCGAAGGAUACCCCUGCCUCUUGGCUUGACGCUGAAUGGCAAGAACAUCAACCAGGAAGGAAGUGCUCCAACGGAAGUGGUUAAAAUCAUUGCUGGCGAGAACCAAAGUAUUGUGCUUCUUUUAAAAGAAGAGAAGUCGUAUGCAGAUUUAAACAGAAUGCUUGUCAGGGUGGAAGACGAAAAGGUUGAUAAGUGGCUUUCUAAUUUGAACCCCCAGUGCUGCCAGAACAUCGAACAGCAUGUAAAGCUGGUCUUCUCAUCCGCAGCUUGCAUCAAUGGAAGCUUUCAAAAAAUAAGUAGCAAGAAGCAUUUCAGACCACCUUGGGAAGUUGCAGAGGUGGAUAUGUCAGCUGUGUUGCUCUUCUGUGAGAAGAUUUUUGCCAAACCUAAAUUUUUCCAUGUGGUGAUGAAGGCUCUGAAGAAGCUCCUGCAGUCUCUUCCUUCCUCUUCUGUCUCCCCUGAGGCACUCAGAGUCUUCCUCAUUGUGCCCAUCUUCUUACGGAGGCAGGAUAUCCAGUCAGAUGCUCUUCUUGGUCAACUAGCACGAGCAAUUUACAAGCUCCCACUGGAACAGAAGCAAAUUCUUGGAUACCUGUGGUCUAAUCUAGAGGUCACCUUCUUCAAAGAUCUAGUGGGCAUGUAUCGACGACUUAUCGGUGUCCGGCUGUCUUCUCCCAUUGAACUUCUAAGAUGUUCAGUGAUCCAAAACCAAGAAGAUAAUUUCUAUUGCUCUCUUCAAGUCAUGCAAAUGCUUUAUAAGGUAAAUUGUAAAACUGGCUUCAGUAUCCAGGAAAGCAACUUUUAUGUCCCUGAACUGAAAAAAAUAGUGACUCCUUCCAGUUUUCAAAUAGGAAGAAUAUGGACACUGCUGCUUGAAUUAAAUUUGGUCUUCCAAAUACUCACCCAGGUCCCUUGCAUCUUUGACAUGGAUGAUAAGAUUUCUACACUUGAACUCCAGGCAAAUCUAUCCAGGCAAUUCACGGCAGGCACCAAUAUGAUCAGUGAGCUUCAUGUAAGGAGGGAGCAUCUGAUUCAGGAUACCUUGCAGUGCCUAAGAACUGCAGGUGCAAACUGGCUCCAGCAUAUGCUUCAAGUGUGUUUUGAAGGAGAACCAGGGAUUGAUGAAGGAGGUGUGGGCCAAGAAUUUUUUAAAAUCCUUGCAAGAGAACUGUGUGCUCCAGAGGAAAAGAUAUUUAGGCAUUUUGAAGACUCACAUCUGAUUUGGUUCUCCCGCCAGGCACCAGCAGAGGAAGACAUAUAUUUUCUGAUUGGGAACCUGUUUGGACUAGCAUUCUAUAAUAUGAAGAUUGCAGCUUUCCCUUUCCCUCUUGCUCUGUUCAAGAAGAUGCUGAAUUUUCAGCCAACUCUGGAAGAUUUAAAAGAGUUGUCUCCCAAUUUAGGAAGAAAUCUUCAAGAAGUUUUGGAUGAACCUUUUGGUGAUAACAUUGAAAACUUGGAGCUGGACUUCACGAUAAGCGGAGAAGAUGGAGUAGACACUGAGCUGAAAGAAAAUGGUGCCGCCAUUUUUGUCACCAAGUACAACAGGAAAGAAUAUGUUGAUGCUUGUGUGAAUUACCUGUUCAAUGAUUCUGUGAAGAAGCAGUUUGAGGAUUUCAUGCGUGGAUUUGAAAAAGGCUGCCCAAUUAAACACUGGAAAUUGUUCCUUCCUGCUGAACUCCAAGUUGUUCUGCUUGGACAUACAGAAUACAACUGGCAACAACUAGAAAAGAAUGUCAAGUAUAAGGAUUAUGAAGAGUCGGACGAAACAAUCAAGAAUUUUUGGGCUGUCUUUCAUGACCUUCCAGAGAAAAAGAAGAAGGAAUUUCUUGCGUUCCUUACAGGCACGGAUUGCAUUCCAGCUAAAGGGAUGGCAAGGUUCACAUUCACGAUUAUGGAUUCAAGGCAAGAAGAUCCGGAUCUGUCCUACCCCAACGCCAGCACCUGCUAUAAAAUACUGCAGCUGCCUAGAUACACCACUAGAGACAUUCUUAAGAAAAUGCUCCUGCAUGCCUUGGAGAACCAUGAAACAUUUGGCCUUUCUUGAAGCCCAGAAGCAGUUUUUGGAUGCUCUUGUUUCAAAAUAGUCAUCAUUUUCCAUCUCUUUUGCUCACUGAAAAGAUCCCCACCACAUCACAUGUUUUUGUGAGAAAGAUCCUUUCCCCCCUCUCCUUAUUGCCAGUGUGAUGUAAUGGCUUAAGUGUUCAGCAUUAUGAAUAUUACACUGCCAUUUACUACAUUACAUUCUUUUUUGAAUGUGCUGAGAUCUGGGUUCACAACGCCACACAAAGCUGUGAAGCUUGAGGAGUGACUUCUGUCUCUCUGUCUAACCUACCUCACAGGGUUGUUACGAGGAUAAAAGGUGAAUGGGACCAUGGGCACCGUCCCAAGAUCCUAGUAGGAGAAAUAAAGUCAUUUAUUGUCAAAAAA